UCGCCGCCCUCCGACGCCCCCAAAUCAUCCUCCCAACUGCAGGAAGAAGCAGCUAAAGAGCCAACUGCGACCAGAACGUGGAUGGAGGAUUAAAAAAAAACAGCCAUGAUGACUGAAUGUAGAAAGUAUGCAUGAGGUUUCGGCGUGUGGUUCAGAUGCUCUGGAGCUCCGGAGGAUGAGAACUUGAGGAGCAGCAACUUUUAUCUGACUUCCAAGUCUGCUGCCUCCUGGGUCAAGUCACACUACUGUGGACCAGGGAAACACAAACUAUGUUUUUUUAAAUGUAGGUUAUGUUUCGUGUAGCUCGAAUUGAAGCUGGCGGGAGAUUGCUUUUGCUUGAAGAAGAUGUCUGGGCAUUGUGGUUGAAAAUGGAGAAUAAAUGAAAUCUGGGAUUAAUUGAACGCACAACGACAAGAAUGAAGGAGCGGGACCUGCAGAGAAUGUGCAGAAAGGCACUCUUGCUGACAGUUUGCAUGGUGUCUCUUUGGGGGCAGUUCGGCAGUGCGUCAUCACACCGGAGCCACAUAGUUCAUGUGAAAGCGGGAACUUGCGAAGUCAUCGCCGCGCACCGAUGCUGCAACAAGAACAAGAUAGAGGAGCGAUCGCAAACCGUCAAAUGCUCCUGUUUCCCGGGUCAAGUGGCAGGGACAACGAGAGCGGCUCCGUCUUGUGUGGACGCGUCCAUUGUUGCACAGAAGUGGUGGUGCCAGAUGCAUCCCUGCAUGGACGGCGAAGAGUGCAAAGUGCUGCCAGACCUCAAAGGAUGGAGCUGCAGCACAGGCAACAAAGUUAAGACCACCAAGGUCACACGAUAGUUUCCAGCAUAACCUCGUUUGGGAGCAGCCGUCGUUUAUUUCACUGUAGGACACUUGGAUAUCAUUUUUAUUUAUUUUUUUUUAAGGAUUGUUCAAAACCAGAGACCAGUAAGGACUUUGGUCAUGGACAUUCUAGCAAAAGGACCGUCUAAGGAGGCAUCAUGUCCGAAAAGAUUCCUGACUUUAGCUCCAGCAACAACAGUAGCCGUCUUCGACUGUCCGCCAAAUAUCUCUUUGUAUUAUAGUUUGACUCCUAUGGACCAGAGGACUUGGCCAUGAAGAUAUUUAUUAGCUCAAAGACUGUGGAUCAUAACAAAAAAAGAAAAAUGUGAUGUGAAACCUUUGUCUUUUUUCUCCCAAGACUCUCAAUGCAUAUUUGUGUUGACACUAAAGUGAGACAAGCAUUUUCAUUCCUUUUAGCCUUAUAAUAAUAAUAUGUUUCAUCCUUAUUUGAAACUAUCCAGUUGUUAGGAUGUCAAGUCGGCUUUGCGAAGGCUUGAUGUGUAGAAAGGUGGGUGAUGGCGGUUGUGCAAAAGCAUCCAUCAGCGAGGGCUUCUGCCAAAAGGUUGAAAUAGUAUUUGUUGUUUUCAAAGCCUGACGAUGACUAUUGAUUACAAAUGUCAGUAUUAUCUCAAUAAAUCUAACCUAAAGGAAGAUACUGUCUCUUUGGAAUCACUCUUCAUAUUUCCAAUAAGAAAAGAAAUACGUCAACAUCCAUGAAAGACCUCAUAUUCUAUUUGAUAACAAGUAGUUGCCAUCACCUUUAGCUUGUUUCCAGAAGCAGCCAUCGUCUACAAAGUGCUUUUUCUUUGUGUUUUUUAUUUGACCACAGGUGCUGCACUUUACAAUGCCCCGAAGUUGUCUUUCCAAAGAAAAUAAAUGUGCAGAUAAUAAAUGUCUGGGAGGAAGUCAAGCUUGGAGGUGUAGAAUGUGAAUGGAUGGACUGAUGGAUGCAAGAAUGGUUGGGACCGAUGAUGCUGGGAAAGGAAGAUAUUGAAUGGAUGGAUCCGCCUGAUUACUGGAUGGGCACUAGAUGGCUUCUAUUUAGGGGUGUUCGCUAAUAUCGGCCAAUCGAUAUCACGAAACAUUAAAUAUCUGUUCAUAUUGGUAUCGUUUUUUCUGCUGAUAAUGAUAUUGGCGCAGAACACAGCAACAAGCUUGCUAGCUCAGUAUGUCCACGGUCUGAAAAUAUUUCCAAGUUUUGCCUUUGGAUUGCAAAUACGCAUUUUACAAUGAUUGUAAAGCGCUGCGAGGAGCGAGUAAGGCAUUUUCCGUUAAUACUUGUAAUGUAAUAACACUAGCAUACCUGCAGCAAAAUAAUAAGCGUCAGAAGAUGUGUGUAAUGAGUCUAGGUUAUAAUGUAAUUGUUACUUUUUUCAUGGUAUUUUACUGUAGUUGACUACCGUAAAUUCUGCUACUUUUUUCUUAAACUUUGAACCCUGCGGCUUAUACAGCAGUGUGGCUAAUUUAUGGCUGAAUUCUAAUCUUGUGACAUCUCCUUUACUUCAGAGCUACUACUAAGUCAGUGUGGAAAGGGUAGCUCUUUCUUUGGUAGGAGCCAAUCAGGAGCUAUCAGUGCACUCACAAUGAGCUUGUCAACCAAUUGGAAAAUGCAGGAGGUCAUUAUAUAUAGAACAACAUAACAGUCUGACUCACGGUGUUAUUUUACUACUCAUUCAUUGGGCUGCUGCAGUGACAUCAGCCUCCCUCUGAGCUCUGGGCUUUGGGUCCUCUAGCGCUCUUUAGUGGACAGAGGCAGCAUUGCAGUGCCAUCCAACAUUUUCUAUGCUGCUUGUCCUCCAACGCAAAUGCAUUAUGGGAAAACUUUAAAAUGUUUUUUGUCAUUUUAAACUUAUACUGGUACAUGUUUGUAUAUUUCUUAGGUAUAACUUUAGAGUGUUAAGUUGCUGUAGGAUGAGUUUAAUGUUUGUAAGAUGACACCAUGAGUCAGACUGUUAUAUUGAGUAAUGACCUCCUGCAAUUUCCAAUGCGUUGACAAGCUCGUUGUGAGUUUUUCAUAGCUCAUGAUUGGCUCCUGUCAAGUAAAGAGCUGCCUGGUCCUCCCAGUCUCUAUG